AUGUGUUUGAGGCUGUUGUCCAACCAUGUCUCGAAUGACGAGAGACACAUUUUUAGCGUCUGCGUCCACGCCGCCGCUCAUAAAUUCCUCAUGACCGUUCUCAUUAUUGGAGAGCACGAUGACGAGCUCGCCGACCAUCUGCGAAUUCGGUCGGCCGAAUACAAACGCGCCGCACAGGCAGCGUUAGAGCGCAUUCGACUCACGAUCACUCCUUCCAUCUCACUUCUUCAGGCCCUUCUUUGUGGAGUUUUCCUUCAUCAAGGCUCUGGCAAUACCCACUUUUGUUACGAAUUGACUCGGACUGCUUGUCGGAUAGCCACUGACCUAGGACUCGAUAAGGUGAGUCCUGACACAGAGCAGAAAUCCAGGACAGAGGAGGAAAUCUUCUGUGUUCUUUGGUGUUAUAUGCUAGAUAAGAAUUACGCGUGGAAAUUCGAACCUUCGCGAACGUUCUUCGAGAUCGAACCCGGAAUGCUUGACGACCAUGUUGAUGGCACAGCCGCCGAUCUUCUCGCAGUCUAUAUUGCCAUGGCCCGAGUACAGGAUGACACAUUAUCAUUACUUAAGCACAUCCUGUCGAACAGCUCACAUUCAGUCCAACUUCCUCCGCGCUGUUCCGUAUCUGCGUCUUCGACGCAAUGCUGGAAGGGCCUUGAUGCUGAGAACGAGAUUGCUGCCCUUCGCUUCGCUCACCACUCCAUCCGAACCACAAUCCUUUAUCUCUCCGAUCAAUUUCAAGGGCGGGCCUUUGGGUCUAGAGACCUACUACUUCAAUCUGCGCGCCAGGAGCUAUCUUCAUUAUUAUCUAUAUGUCUAAUCAAUGAGAAAGACCGUGCCGUCGGCUUCUUGCAUUGGACCUUAACUUUCUACCCCUUGACCGCGUGUUUCGUCUUGUUCUGCAACGCCGUGACGACGUCCAAUCUCGGGGACUUGAACCUUCUCAAGAUGGUAGCGACUUUUCUGUUGCCGAGUGUCUCGAGCAGCCAUCCUGUCACGGUUAUACAACAUCUCUUUGAGGAGUUCAUUGCACUCUCGCAGUCGCUUUUUUCAGGCACAGAGAGCCGCGGGGGCAUGGUAGACGAAUCUGGGGACGCCUCUACGCUUAUCGAAGUGCAGCCUUCGCAACCCCACAAUCAACCCUUUCCUACGGGCGACCCUAUCUCCACAGCUCAGAACCCUGGGACAACCGUUUGGGCCGAUACAACUACCACCCCUUUUCCCUCCGAAUUUUCUGAAUCAUUGACGCCACACGAGAGGAACGUUUACCCUGCAUUUGUAGACCCGUCAAUCGCAAUUCCCUUGGACUUCGAAUUUCCCGCUGACUUCGCCGAUUUCGUGCCCGUUACUUCAGCUCAAUGA